GUUACUUUUGGGCCACGAAUUGACUUGGUUAACUUAACGAUUGUAAAGAACAAUCAAAGUUGGUGUUAAGACAUAAUAUUUCACAAAAAUACAGAGCCACACAGCUCACCCACCAUUUAUCACAAUUCCUUAAUUCUACUUUCACCACCUCUAAUUCUCUUCACAGCGUCUGGGCGCAUCUUUUCUUUACCCUUCUUCAUGACAGAAGCUUAGGGGCCUCCUGCUGCCUCUAAUAUCCUUCAUAAUGCAGGCCUCUUCGGGAAUGUUAACAAAGUUCGAGUCCAAGUCUUCAAGAGCGAAAGGCAUUGCCUUUCACCCUAAAAGACCAUGGAUUCUUGUUUCCCUACACUCUUCGACCAUUCAAUUAUGGGAUUACCGCAUGGGAACCCUUAUUGACCGCUUCGAAGAGCACGAUGGCCCCGUUCGAGGUAUCGAUUUCCAUAAAACGCAACCUCUCUUCGUUUCCGGAGGCGACGACUACAAGAUCAAGGUUUGGUCUUACCAGACGAGGCGAUGUCUAUUCACCUUGAACGGACAUCUUGACUAUGUCCGAACAGUCUUCUUCCACCACGAGUUGCCUUGGAUAAUAUCUGCUUCAGAUGACCAAACUAUUCGGAUAUGGAAUUGGCAGAAUCGCUCGCUAAUUUGUACGAUGACUGGACAUAACCACUAUGUUAUGUGUGCUCAGUUCCACCCCAAGGACGACCUUGUAGUAUCCGCCUCCCUCGAUCAGUCCGUCCGUGUAUGGGAUAUUUCUGGGCUGCGAAAGAAGCACUCCGCCCCGACAUCUAUGUCAUUCGAAGACCAGGUUGCCCGAUCCAAUGCGCAGCAGACCGAUAUGUUUGGUAACACCGACGCAAUGGUUAAGUUUGUGCUCGAGGGCCACGAUCGCGGCGUUAACUGGGUAUCUUUCCAUCCAACUGCUCCUCACAUUGUCUCGGCCGGUGACGACCGACUUAUAAAGCUAUGGCGAUUUAGCGAAACCAAGGCUUGGGAGGUUGACACCUGUCGCGGCCAUUUCCAGAACGCCUCAGGUUGCUUGUUUCAUCCUCAUCAAGACCUUAUCCUAUCUUGUGGCGAGGACAAGACGAUUCGAGUAUGGGAUUCGCAGAAACGUACCGCUGUCCAAUCCUUUAAGAGAGAAAACGACCGGUUCUGGGUUAUCGCAGCCCACCCCGAAAUCAAUUUGUUUGCGGCUGGUCACGACAAUGGUGUAAUGGUAUUCAAACUAGAACGGGAACGUCCAGCUUCUACUGUCCAUCAGAACUCGCUUUUUUUCAUCACCAAAGAGAAGCACGUUCGCUCUUACGAUUUCCAGAAGAAUGCUGAGAGCCCGACAUUGUUAUCCCUGAAGCGACUUGGUAGUGCCUGGGUCCCGCCCCGGACAUUGUCUUAUAACCCUGCUGAACGUUCCGUCCUGGUUAUCUCGCCCGCCGAGGGUGGCUCGUAUGAGCUUAUUAACCUGCCCCGGGAUGGCUCUGGCGCGUUGGAAGCAACUGACUCGAAGCGUGGACAAGGAAAUUCUGCCAUCUUCGUCGCUCGGAAUCGCUUUGCUGUCCUUAACACAGCUGCGCAGACUGUAGACAUCAAGGAUCUCUCAAAUAACACGGCACGAUCUUUUAAGCCUCCUGUGGGAACGACUGACAUUUACUUUGGUGGUACCGGAAAUCUACUCAUAAUCACUCCCACCGCAGUUCACCUUUACGACAUCCAGCAAAAGAAGAGUGUUGCUGAGCUGGCCGUGAAUGGUGUCAAGUAUGUUGUCUGGUCUAACGAUGGUCUUCAUGCAGCGCUUUUGAGCAAGCACAAUGUCACCAUCGUGACAAAAACACUUGAGCAGGUCAGCACACUGCAUGAGACUAUUCGGAUCAAGAGUGCAACUUGGGACGAUGCAGGAGUCCUCCUAUACUCUACCCUUAAUCAUAUCAAGUACACGCUUAUGAACGGCGACAAUGGAAUUGUUCGGACUCUUGACCAAACAGUAUACCUUGUGAGAGUCAAGGGCCGAAGUGUCUACUGCCUUGACCGUGGUGCGAGGCCUAAGAUUCUGAAUAUUGAUCCGACUGAGUAUCGCUUUAAGCUGUCGCUAGUCAAGCGCAACUAUGAGGAGAUGCUUCAUAUUAUACGCACUUCUAGUCUGGUUGGUCAAUCCAUCAUUUCGUACCUUCAAAAGAAAGGAUACCCCGAGAUCGCAUUGCAGUUCGUACAAGACCCGACAACCCGAUUUGAACUCGCUAUCGAAUGUGGAAACCUUGAUGUGGCUGUAGAGAUGGCUAAGGAACUAGACCGCCCUAAGCUUUGGACGAGAUUGGGUGCUGAGGCGCUGGCGCAUGGAAACCACCAGGUUGUUGAGAUGGCAUAUCAGAAAUUGAAACAGUUCGACAAGCUUUCAUUCCUGUAUCUUGCAACUGGCGACCACUCAAAGCUAGCAAGAAUGGCCAAGAUUGCUGAGCACCGAGGUGAUUUCACGGCGAGAUUCCAAAACGCGCUCUUUUUGGGUGAAGUUGAGGACAGGAUUCAAAUGUUUAAAGAAAUCGACUUAUAUCCUUUGGCAUAUGUGACAGCCAAAGCACAUGGCCUUGAGGAGGAGUGUCAAUCUAUCCUGGAAGCGACUGGCGUUACUGAAGACCAACUGAAACUGCCUACAUUUGGCAAGGGCCUCACCUUACCAAAGCCAACUGUGCCAACUUACAAGGCCAACUGGCCCACAAAAGCGACGUCGCAAUCAUUUUUCGAGAAAGCUCUCGCUAGUGAACUGGAAGGCAUACAUCUUGAAGACGAACCUUCAGCAGCUGCCACUGGCUUGGAAUUAGAAGAGGGUGCGGAUGAGGCGACUACCAAGAGAAAUGGCGCACUGGAUGCUGAAGAAGAUGAGGACGCUGCCGGAUGGGACCUAGGCGACGACAUUGUUCCCGAAGCUGAGAGUGACUUCGUGAAUGUUGAGAGCACAGAUGCUGGAGGUGCUGGUAGCAGCGAAGCGGAUUUAUGGGCUCGCAAUUCUCCAUUAGCUGCGGAUCACAUUGCUGGAGGUUCGUUUGAGUCAGCUAUGAACCUCCUCAACCGACAAGUUGGCGCCGUCAACUUUGCGCCUCUUAAACCCCGUUUCCUAGAAAUUUACUCCGCCUCAAGGACCUUCCUACCUGCCUCGGCUAACCUACCGCCCCUGGUCAACUAUGUCCGCAGAAAUCUGGAUGAGACAGAUCAUAGGAAGGUUCUUCCCAUCAUCCCGCGCGACAUUGAACACCUUGCUACCAAUGACCUUCACAAGGGCUACGAGACGAUGAAGGCAAAUAAGCUCGAGGAGGGUGUACAGAUUUUCAAGGGCAUUCUACAUGCUAUGCUCGCGAACGUCGUUUCGAGCGAGAGUGAAGUUGCAGAAGCUAAGAAACUGAUUACUUCGGCAAGUGAGUAUACUACUGCAAUGUCGAUCGAGCUUGCGCGAAGGAAGUUAGGCCCCACCGACGUCGUGAAUGGCAACCCUGCCCUUCUGAAGCGAAGUCUCGAGUUGUCUGCAUAUUUCACAAUUCCCAAGAUUGAAGUUCCUCACCGACAGCUUGCUCUACUCAAUGCAAUGAACUUAGCUUCAAGAAGUAAGAAUUACAGCUCGGCAUUAAGCUUUGCGAACCGUAUUCUCGCCAACGGUGGUGCUAACAGGAUUCUUGAAAAUGCCCGAAAAAUAAAAGCAACAUGCGAGCGCAAUCCGCAUGACACAGUCGAGAUCGAGUACGAUCAGUUUGCAGAGUUUGAGAUAUGCGCGGCCAGUCACACGCCUAUCUACAGCGGCACACCAUACGAGGAGUGCGCGUUCGACGGGUCCAAGUACCACAGCAAGUACAAGGGAACUGUCUGCACUGUCUGUGAGGUGUGCGAGGUUGGAAAGCAUGGAAGUGGGCUACGGUUGUUCUCUUGAUGGGUGUAGUUCUUAUGACUCUGGGCUGAAUGAAUGACGGAAACGAAGCACUGCUGUUGAACGAGAGGGGGGCCGGGAGGGGUCAAAAGAUUCUAAUGAUAUUAGAAAUUUGGGAUGGAAAGGAGUUGUCUGCACGAAAGUAAAAAACCCUGCUUAUGUUGUCGAGGCGAGUUGAUAGUAGGUACUUACUAAACUAACCUUAGGUAGUUGUCGUGUGGUAAAAUAGGAGAGAGAAUUAUCGAUCACAACACAAACUUAGGUUAGAAAAGAAAGUCCUUUUUUUGAGUCUCAAGUGGUGGCGGUAUGACUUUACGGGUUCACUCGUAUAUAUCACCCGUAGGUGCCUAGUAUAGGUCAUAAAACACGAAUAGGGAU